AUGACGAGCUUUAUCUCAAACAUUAUCUGGAACUCGGUCGAGGGCUUUGUGGAUGCUGGAAAGAAGACGGCUGGUGAAUAUGGAGGGAAUGCGUUGAUCAAAGUUGGAGACAUGAUUGAGAAUGGUGGAAGGAGUGUAGGAAAUGGUAUCGAGAAAAAGGCGACAAACUACGGCACCGCAAUCACUGGCCAAACCUACAAACCAACAGCCAAAGCCCUCCCCUCCACAGCACGAAAGCCGGCGAUCAAGCGUUCGAACUCGACCCCUGCGAGCAACAAGCCAACUACCAGUGGGGUGCCUAUAGGCGCGAAGAAGUACCCGGGGAGCAACCAAGUCAACGGUGCAGUCGGGGGAGCGAAGAAGACUGUCGGUGGGGUGAACAAGACCGUUGGGGGCGUAACAAGCGGCGCAUCCAGAGUCACCGGAGGAGUUGUAGGCCGCGCAAACAGUACAGCGGGCACCGUAACAAACAACGCCACAAAAGCUACUGGAGGUUUUAUAGGCGGCGGUCAGAAAGCUAUCGGUGGAGCCACGAAAUCCAUUUCUCCCUUCAAAGGCCCCGGAGCCACACCCACGCCAAACAAGACUCUUCCAAAGGCCUUCCCAGACACCAACAGCAUCCCAAAACCCGCAUACCCAGGGCCUAAGAAGACGGUGGUCAAGCCGGGUCAGCCAAAGCCGUUUACACCACCCAUUGAGCAGAAGAAGCCUGAUCCGAAGAAGGCUUAUCCAGGCACCAACACCUUGCCGGGAACGAGUAGGACGCCGGUGCAACAGCACAAGUUAAAGCCGUUGCCGACAUUGGGUUCUCAGGUUAAAUCAGGACAGACUAUGAAACAUAUUGCUAUAUAA